AUGAGGAUAUCUAUCAGAAAACAUUCAAGCUUGAUUCUUCUGGCUGUGGUAGCCAUUGCCGUAGCUUGCAUUGUCCUUGCCAAGGUUUCAAAAGGAUUAUCAUGGUUUUAUUUGGCAUCUCCGUGGAAUUGGGCUUCUAGCUUCUGGCCCUUUUCUUCUUUGCCUUAUUCUUCCGAUCAUGCCAUUGAUAAAAGAAAGCAGAAGGAAAAAGAAUUUAUAAAUCUAGAAAUGAUUUUCCACAAUAAUGAAUCCGUGUUGAAAAGGGGUAAGCCCCGAGAUGAAAGGCUGGAGAAGGUUGAAGCAAGUCUUGCUAGAGAUAGAGCUUUGAUAAGAGAAGCUAUAUUAAACCCCAACAGCACAUUGGAUCUUCAAGAUUUGGAUUAUGUUCCGCAAGGCAACAUCUACAGGAAUGCUCAUGCAUUUCAUCGGAGUUAUCUGUUAAUGGAAAAGAUGUUCAAGAUAUUUGUUUAUGAAGAGGGGGUGCCACCUUUAUAUCAUUAUGGUACUUGCAAGAACAUAUACUCGAUGGAAGGACUGUUCAUUAGCAUGAUGGAACAGGACAAAAAAAAUCGAAUUUUGAACCCUGACAAAGCUCAUGUUUAUUUCCUUUCCUUUAGUGUUGUGAUGAUACUUGAGCAUCUGUUUCAUCCAAUCAUCCGUGAUAAAGCUGUGAUGGAGCGUACAGUUGUGGAUUAUGUACGAAUCAUAUCUCACAAGUAUCCAUAUUGGAAUAGAAGCAUUGGAGUUGAUCAUUUCAUGCUUUCCUGCCAUGACUGGGGACCGCUGGCAACCUGGUAUCUGAAGGAACUCUACUACAAUGCCAUCCAAGUACUAUGCAAUGCAAAUACUUCAGAGUAUUUUAAUCCAAAGAAGGAUGCAUCGCUUCCUGAAAUCAAUCUGAAAACAGGGGAAACCGUGAAUCUUACUGGAAGUUUGCCUCCAUUCAAUCGGUCAGUCUUGGCAUUCUUUGCAGGUAACCUGUAUCAUGGUAAAAUUAGGGCGGCACAGUUAAAGCAUUGGAAGGGAAAGGAUAAAGAUGUACAAAUUUAUGGAAGACUACCACAAGGACUUUUUUAUGAUGACAUGAUGAAGAAGAGCAAGUACUGCUUAUGUCCAAGUGGGCAUGAAGUUGCCAUUCCAAGAAUCGUAGAGCCUAUUUAUGCUGAAUGUGUUCCAGUAUUAAUCUCACAGCACUAUAUCCUUCCUGUCAGUGAUGUUCUUAAUUGGGACUCGUUUUCAGUCCAAGUUCCAGUGAGUGAAAUACCAAACCUCUAGAAAAUUCUUAUGGGGAUACCCGAAGAUCAAUAUCUGAGAAUGCUAGAGCAUGUCAUGCAAGUGCAACGGCAUUUUUUGGUGAAUGAUACUCCUAAGAGAUAUGAUAUCUUUAACAUGAUAAUUCAUUCGAUAUGGCUUCGUAGGUUGAAUGUACGAAUUUUUAGUUGAUUCAGAGGCUAUACAAUCACUUUAUAAGUGUCAGGUUUCUUGUCUGUGUAGUAGAGUUUUAGCCAUGUAGAAUAUGAACAGAACCAAAUUUAGACCUAAGAAUUGCUUUUGCCUUUUGGUCCUCAGUCCCUUCAUUUGAUUAGAGCAGCCUACCUACCGCCUGAUCGGGUUCAGUUCCAUGUCUUCAUCCAGAAACUUAGCCGACAUACAAAGAGCAGAUCAGCUCAAUGUCUUCAUUCAAAAAGCUUAGCCAACAGAGCAGAUCAGAUUUGGAGCUAAUAAAUCAUGCCAGGUAGUAUAUCUUGUCUGGAAAGAGAUGUCCUUUGGUCCUGGCUAACUUCUCUUGAUUAACUAAUGGCUUAACUCCUUUUACAUGAAAAAUUAUUGUCUCAUGGAGCUAGUAUUUGUGUUUGAUACAUGAAUUGUAUGCUUUAUAGAGAACCGUGUCUAAAGCUCCAAUUUUCACUUGCAGAAUGCUAAAAAUUAAGUUUAUGAAAUGUUCACAAUUUGUAGGA